AUGUCCGACAACCCAGGUGCUUCUUGUGCCUCAUGUGGUGCGGCGAACCCAGCUGCAACCCCUGUGUUUCCCAACGACCCUCUGCACCAAGCGGCUUUUGGCGAUGACAUCGAAAGCCUGCAAGGGCUCAUAUCUGCAGGGGCUGAUUUAUCCGCCGUUGUGACCGCGAGAGGCUGGACAGCGCUUCAUCUUGCGGUUCAAUCGGGAGGUGAAGUGACUGUGACAGCCCUGCUACAAGCCGGCGCCAUUCCAUCUGCGGCAACGAGCGAUGGAGUAACACCUUUGCAUAAUGCUGCUGCUGGUGGAAGGGUCGCAGCGACCAAGUUCCUUCUGGACGCCGGAGCCGACAUGAACGCACGCAACAUCGACAACGAGACACCCUUACAUGUGGUGGCCUUGUUUGGAAAUAUGCAAAUAGCAAAGCUACUGGUGGACUCGGGCGCAGACGUGUCAGCCAAGGACUGUUAUGGAAACACACCCCUGCACAUCGCUGCUUCGCACGAGCAUCUACACAUUAUUCAGGUCCUUCUGGAUGCUGGUGCUGACAUGAACGCGGUAAACAACAGCGGAAACCCUGUGUUGCACCAUGCUCUAUCCGAUUCCCCAGCUGCAACAAGACUCCUCAUCCAAGCGGGAGCGGACACCUCUCUUCGCGGCCAAUUCGGCACGACACUUUUGCAUCUGCCAAAACAUUCGGAAGGGCUGUUCGACGUUCUUCUCGACUGCGGUGGUGAUCUAGAGGCGGUAAACAGUGAUGGAGCAACUCCACUACACGAGACCGCUGCGUACGGCACUGCAAAGCACUUGCAAAGGCUCAUCACUUCUGGUGCCAAUGUGAACGCCACGACUAAAAAGGGAGAAACGGCACUACAUUUGACUGCGGGGGACCCAGAUGCCUUAUACUUGGGAGAAGAUGGAGAAGCAGAGGCGAAGGCAAAGUUGCUGGUGGCUGCUGGGGUCGACGUGGACGCGAUGGCAACCUCGGGGGAGACAGCUUUGAAUCGUGCAUUGAUAUGCAUUCGCGUUACGGUUGCAGGCUUCAUCCUUGAGACGAUGGCCCAAGAGAAUAGGUAG